GAUGAACAGGGUUCCUGCUAUGGUCAUCAUAACUGUACAUUGGAUUGUGGCAGCCAUACUGAGUUUCCCGGUUGUAAUGGUCGCUACACACCGAAAUUGGGACCUAACCGUGAACACGCGCUAAUAUUUACACCGGAUAGCUACAAGAGCCAAGAAAAGUUACGUCCAAGAAAAAGAAGCUUACCAACCUGCAAUUCAAAAAAGGCGGCACGUGAAAUUCAGUUGUGUAUUCAAGUGGCUGCAUUUAAUUUCGCUUUCCUCCUCCUUUUCUCAUUUUAUCUCACUGAAUGCAUCCUCAUACUUCUUAAAAUGAAACUACCAGGCAUCAUGCAGUUGAUUCAUCCCAUAAUGUCUGGAUUUCUCUCGUUUGUUAUUCCAUGGACAUUGCUGUUUUGCAAUCGAGAGAUUACAUCAAUGAUUAGAAAUAGAUCUGAGAAUUCGUUAGGUCCAUCGUCCAUGGCAUCUAAGCAGGCAUGGGCAAAA